AUGUGUCGCCCAGCCAGAGUACUUGCAGAGGCUUGUCAGAGGCAUUGCCACAUGGUGGGUGUGGGUGAAGCUGGCCUCUACUCCAAACAUUUUAGGACGAUUGCUGGGCAGUUGGCUGAGAACCUGGAGAUCCUAGGAAUUGAACUGAGGCUUUUGGUUAUUGCUGCACUGGUAUGGGAUGCAGAUGCAAGAGCCAAGUGUAGGCAGUAUGAACACCUUCGGCUUAAGCUUAGGACCAACGAGAAAGAUGGGGAUCCUGAAUGGCUACUCUGGGAAGUAGGGCACGCCCUCAGUGCAGUAGUGGAAUCAAACGACAACCUCUCCUUCCUCGACUUUGAGAGUAUUGUGAACACAUUCACACUCCUCGUUCUCCCUCUCAACCCAACCUCCACAGGCUCACCUCUGAGAAAUGGGUCCGCCCACUUGGAAACAUGGUCCCCUUCUUCAAAGGUGUCAUCCCUCCCCAUCCCCACCACCAACAAUUUCACUUCUCUAUCAACCCUCACGAUCUUCCUACAGAACCUAAUCUCUCUUCUUCAACUGCCAGAACCCCUACCCAGCGCCCCACCACCAAAGCAUAACCUGCCUCAUCAAGAUGUCCUAGGUCUCAUCGUCAUCACCCCACUGACCACAGUGCUGCACUUGUUGGCUAUUACAGGUCUCACAAAGACGCAUGCACGAAAUUAG